GCGUUUUUGGCGACCCUCCUCGUAUGAACGUGUCCGUCACUUUUGUGCUCAACUGUCGACGUCAAUAUCACGAGACCAAGGGGGGAAACAGAGGCUCAACGUCCUGUUGAUCAAAAAUUGCAGCUAAGUACGCGAAAAGCCGGGAAGCAAGCAGCAUCAAAAACACUGCACCAUAGUAUUUUCUUUGCUCCCGAGCCAAAUAUGGCCAGGUCAGAACCAAGCGCGAGAGCAUCUCGAUGCCGGAUGCAGAAGACAAUCGGGCCUCAGUCCGAUUAUGCAUCGUUGAAAACAAUUCUUCCUCGUCAUUGUGCGCCGAGUAAAUUCGACACAGCCAUGCACGCAUGCGGUGCCUCGAAUCCCACGAGCAAGAACCGAGACAAUGGAAAUGGUAGACCACCAGGGCCGAACAAUCGACUCGGAGGCAGAACAAAGAAAAGACGACAAACAAAGCGAGAGAGCGUUUUGAAUCGAGACUGUCGAAAGCUCCAAACUUCGGAAAUUCCGAUCCUUCACUUUACCGAACACGGAGCGUCCAGAGGUAACGCCCAUAACAGCACAGGAGAGUACAUCACAUCAAGAUGAGGCAGCGUGGUGGUAGCUGGGAACGUCUAAGUACGACUCCCGUCGUAUCGAAGCGUCUCAGGCACAGAAUAGUCGUCUGUCAACCGCUUUCUUCUGGUC